AUGUACAAUCUACUAGGGUACCUCGCUGCGCUGGGCUGCGCGCAGUCCGCCCUCGCAGCCCCCCUCGCCAGCUCUUCAAACUCCUCCUACAUCGACUGGCGCACCUUCAAAGGCAACGGCGUCAACCUCGGCGGCUGGCUCGUGCAAGAGUCCACAAUAGACAGUUACUUCUGGGACAAAUACUCCGGCGGCGCCUCCGACGAAUGGGGCCUCUGCGAACACCUCGGCGCCCAAUGCGGUCCCGUCCUCGAGCACCGCUACGCGACCUGGAUCACCAAGGCCGACAUCGACAAGCUCGCGUCCGCCGGCAUCACAGUGCUGCGCAUUCCCACAACCUACGCCGCAUGGAUCGACCUCCCCAGCUCGCAACUCUACUCCGGUAACCAAACGGCCUACCUCCGAGAAAUCGCCGACUACGCCAUCAACACCUACAACAUGCACAUCGUGAUCGACACACACUCCCUCCCCGGCGGCGUGAACGGCCUGACCAUCGGCGAAGCCACCGGUCACUGGUACUGGUUCUACAACGAGACCAACUUCAACUACUCGUUGCAAGUAAUCGACCAAGUGAUCAACUUCAUCCAAACCUCGGGAUCCCCACAAUCCUACACCCUCGAACCCAUCAGCGAACCCGCGGACAACAACACCAACAUGGUCGUCUUCGGCACGCCCCUCGCCCUGACGGACCACGGCGCCGCCUGGGUGCUCAAGUACAUCCGGGCCGUCAUCCAAAAAGUCGCCUCGGUGAACCCCAACAUCCCCGUCAUGUUCCAGGGCAGCUUCAAGUACCCACAAUACUGGGAGGGAGAUUUCCCCGCGAGCACGAACCUCGUCUUCGACACACACCACUAUUACUACGAGCAUAUGGAGUCGUCGUCGGCGAAUCUGCCCGAGUAUAUUCUUGCGGAUGCGCGGGAGAAGUCCGGCACGGGCAAAUUCCCUGUGUUUGUGGGCGAGUGGGCCAUCCAGUCGACGUAUAAUAAUACGCUGGCGUUGAGGAAGAGGAAUGUGUUGGCGGGGUUGGAUAUUUGGCAGAAUUAUUCCCAGGGGAGUGCGUAUUGGACGGCCAAGUUUACGGGGAAUACGAGUGUAGAUGGGCAGGGGGAGCAGAAGGAUUAUUGGUGUUAUGAGACGUUUAUUGACGAGGGGUAUUUUAGUUGA